AUAUGACGUUCUGAAAAAGUUAAAACCAUGGAGAGAGUAAAAGGUUCAGUGGGUUGCCAGGGGCUGGAGAAGGAAAAGGGAUGAAUAGGCAGAAUGCAGAGGAUUUUUAGGGCAGUGAAAAUACUCUAUAUGAUACUAGAAUGGUGGACAGCUGUCAUUAUGCAUUUAUCCAAACCCAUAGAAUGUACAACACCAAGAGUGAACCCUAAUGUAAACUAUGGGCUUGGGGUGAUUAUGAUGUCUCAAUGAAGGUUCAUCAGUUGUAGCAAAUGUACCAUUCUGGUGGGGAUGUUGAUAAUAGGGAAUGCUAUACACUCGGGGAGAUGAAGGUAUGUGGGAUAUCUCUGUAUCUUUUUCUCAGUUUUGAUGUUGAACCUAAAAUUGUUCUAAAAAAAUGAAGUCUUUUGAAGAAACACUGGAAACGAAAUGUUCAUGAACAGGUGAUUAAGUACACUGUGAUAUACUCAUACAAUGGAAUACUACUCAGCAAUUAAAAGAAUGAACUACUAAUACACACAACAUAUGAAUUUCAAAAAAUUAAGCCGAGAGAAAGAAGCUAGAUUCAAAAGAGUACAUAAUAAUUCAGUUUAUAGGAGCAGUGUGAAGAAGCAGCAGGGAGAACGACCCCCAGACUGACCAAAGCCCACACAACGCACUUACGUCCUGCCACAUCGCCACCACCAUGCCCAAGAGAAAGGCUGAAGGGGAUGCUAAAGGAGAUAAAGCCAAAGUGAGGGACAAACCACAGAGAAGAUCUGCGAGGUUGUCUGCUAAACCUGCUCCUCCAAAGCCAGAGACCAAGCCUAAAAAGGUCCCUGCAAAGAAUGGAGAGAAGGUACUCAAAGGAGAAGUGGGAAAAGCUGACACUGGCAUGGAGGGGAACAAGCCUGCAGAAAAUGGAGACGCCAAAACAGACCACGCACAGAAAGGUGAGGGUGCUGGAGAUACCAAGUGAAGCACGUGCAUUUUUUAUAACUGUGUACUUCUGGUGACUAUACAGUUGGAAAUACUACUUUUUAUCAAGUUUUAUAAAAAUGCAGAAUUUUGUGGGUUUUUUUUUUUUUUUUUGAGACAGAGUCUCACUCUAUCGCCCAGGCUGGAGUGCAAUGGCAUCAUCUCUGCUCACUGCAACCUCCGCCUCCUGGGUUCAAGCCAUUCUCUAGCCUCAGCCUCCUGAGUAGCUGGGAUUACAGACACAUGCCACCACACCUGGCUAAUUUUUGUAUUUUUAGUAGAGAUGGGGUUUCACCACGUUGGUCAAGCUGGUCUUGAACUGACCUCAAGUGAUCCGGCUGCCUCGGCCUCCCAAGGUGUGUGCGUGUGUGUGUGUGUGUGUGUGUGUGUGUGUUUAAAAGCUAUGUUGCUAGCACACAGAACACUUACUGUUGUUUUUGGGGGAAGGGGCAUAUGUCACUAAUAGAAUGUCUCCAAAGCUGGACUGAUGUGGGGAAAAUACCUUUCCCUUCUAGUUUUGAGAGACUUCCUCUUGGAUCUCAGGAGGAGGGAUUCCCUGACUUAGACACAC